AUGAGAAAAGUGAAGAACUUUAGAUGAUAAACACAUCGAAGACCCUCCACGUCCACGGUUCACCCAUCUAUGCGACCUGUAGCCCUCCAGGGCAGGCUCCAUAUCUCUGGUUUUGAUCCUUCCCUUCUUCUGACAACUGACUCCUCGAAGAGAUCUUGUCACCAGUGGAGAGUCUGGAAACCAGAACUUCGCGCUGGUUGUACCUAUUGAUCCUGCUGUUUUCUCAAUUCUGUCGACCCGCCAACUUAUCUUAUGAGGCAAAGUCAGUGACUGUGAAAGUACUAAACCAUACAAACAGCAUGCAUAUACAAGGUGUUAACAACCAAUCUAAGCUGUUGGCUGAGGCGUCUGUAAAUGACCAGCGUUUCUUGCUCAACUUCAUCAUGGGCACUUUCUUGGGCCCAGAUGUCAAAACUGAUAUACCAAGAAGGUCAGUCUUUGAGAGAGUAGCUGAAGGGCUGCCACAGUACAGUUUGAAUGAUUUGGGCUCUUCCUUUGUUAGUCUUUCUCAAGUAGAGAAGUUAUACUACUAUAUCUUGAAGAAUGCACAUCCAAGUGCAAUCCUGGAACUGCACUCAUUACACAUGUAUUUAAAGGGUAAGCUACCUUUGCCCAACUCAGGUUUACUUGAAGAUGCACGGCAGUUCACAUGUAUUUUUCCACUGGGUCUUCAUGAGCAAACUACAUACAAAGCCAAGCAUAAGAUCUUCAAGGGGAUCAUUCUAAUUGAAAACCCUGACACUUCAUAUAUUAAGUUAGUGGAUCUGGAAAGGUUCAGACAUUUAACUGGCAUUUAUGAUAUGAAAAUUAGUAGAGAAGAAAUCCAGCUGUUCUGCCAUGGGUACAAUACAGACAAGGAAGAAAAUGAACCAAACAACCUAGGAUAUUGGGAUGCAACAACGGAAGAAGAGUUUUCCAAUGAAAAUGCUCCUGGUUCUGCAAAACAUAGAAAUGUGCGGAAAAAGAGGUACCUUAAUGAUCUACUUCAAAUUCCUACACGUAUUCAAGGUCAGCAACCAAUAGAAGAUGUUCUUGUGAGGCCCUGCAACCUAGGUGGGCCUUCCAUUGUCUCACUUGCCCCCACUCCAAAUAUGAAGCAGUGGAACUCCAAGAUACCUAUGGUUUUAACUGGAGCAGCAAAAGAGGGGAGAGCUGGACCACCUAUUGGUCUUGUUGACAUAGGAAUUAGUAGAGAUGCAUAUCUUUUCCGAGUUGCACUACCUGGUGUCAAGAGAGAUCCAGGCCAUUUGAGUUGUGAAAUUGAACAUGAUGGGAAGGUCCAUCUCAGAGGGAUGACAAUGACUGGUGAGAAAUUUAUAUUGAGACAUUCACGAAUUUUCCGGAUGCAGACACAAAACCUGUGCCCACCUGGACCAUUCACAAUUUCAUUCAGCCUUCCAGGGCCUGUUGACCCGAGACUGUUUUUACCAGAUUUCAGAUCAGAUGGGAUACUUGAAGCCGUUGUUAUGAAAUAUAGAAAACUGGAUGCUUAGAUACCCAGCUUAUUGUUGCCCCUAUCUGAGGUAGAUUAAUUGUUUAAAACAUGCUAUGGAGGAUUGAUUUGUUUGGUCUGGAUGUUGUAUUGUGGAGAAAUGGAAAACCAGCCUAGCGGAAAGUUUUAUGGUGGAAUCCUUGGAAGGUAAUCAGAAGAGGUAGUUCCUUGUCUCUUUCUGUAGUCUGUUAUUUUGUGCAUUCUUUUUAACCCAAUUUGUAAAUUGCUAGGUAGCUGGUUAUCUGUACAUAUCUAUGUAUAUCAGAACAWUCAUUACUUUAUUUCCCUUUUUUCUCUCAAUCUUAAAAAAAUAAAAUUAUGGAUUUGUACAUGCUCACUUGCCUGCGUUCUCUCUCUCUCUCUCUCUCUCUCUCUAUCUAUCUAUCUAUAUAUAUAUAUAUAUACCUACCCCCUUCCUAUCUGUUCUUACAUUUUCUUUUCUUUUCCAUUCAAAAAGUUAGAUUAGCUACCUAGGGGACCAACCUGUCUGUACUACAUGGGGAGACCCUGUAGCUGGUCCAGAAUAAAUGUGAAAUAGAGAACCAUCUGGAGCCUUGGUUCAUCCUCAGUUCCAUAUCUUUUUCCAUGGAUAGUGGAUGUGAGAGAAAUGCUGUGGAUUCCACUUUAGCACCAAAAUAUUUUGCCAAGCAGUUUGCUUAAGGCUGUGUUUGGUUUGCAAGCCAGGUUCCCCUACCUUUUCUUUCAAACCAAAUAAAGCCCAAGUUGGGUCAACCUUGUAAGCUGUAAACAUUAACAGACCAGUAAACCUGCUCUGAUAUAGCAAAAAGGUUCCCUAAUUGGGUCUAGUGCAAUGAUGUGAAAUCAAGGUAUUAGAAACAGAGCGUUGGAAUUACAAUUUUAAGAGGUGUAUUGGGAUUCAUUUUGGAUACACAUGGUUAUAUGGUAUAAAGUUAAGAAAUACAUGGAUACGAUAGGAAAACACAAUUAAAUCUCGAAAAAACAUCAAUAAAUCAACUUUCAAAUUAAUAUAAAUAAGGUUUAUAAACAUAAUUUAUGCAUUAGAAACAUAUGUUUUAAUAACUUAUGUAAUGUGUGGAUACUGAGAUAUGUUAAAGAAACAUUGGGAAAUUGUAGAAGAAUUAAAAUAUCAAUUAAUUAUCUUAUCCUUUUAAUUUUKCUUUAAUAUAAUAUUGAUAAGAAUAAGCUGAUUAAAUGACUUAAAGCAUAUUUCAUUUUUACAAAUUGUAGUAUUUUAUCUCAAUGCAGCAAUCUUUCUCUUUCAUUUGGGUGACUUCUAUGAUCUAAGUAACUGCAUCCAUGUUGUAUGUGUGUGUGAGUUUGAGCACUUGCAUAAAAAAAUUGAUAUCCAUUUUUAGCAUUGUUAAUCUAUAUGGUAUUUCAAAUUUGAAGUGGGUUAGUAUGCGUAAUCUGCAACAAUUAAUGCUAGUUUGUAAUAGUUAAGUAUAGGUAUGCAAUGGUUUGUUCAGGUUGCAUAUGGGUUUGUAACAAUUUGUACUGGUUGAGUAUCAGUCUAUAGUGGUAGGAUGUAGCCGUGUAGGUUUAUAAAAGUUGAAUAUGGUUUGUAAUACUUGAUUAUGGGUUUGCAAAGUUUAUACCAAGUAAGUAUCAAUUUGUAACGACUGAGAAGGGUUUGUAACGGUUGUCUGUAUGGUUUAUGAUGCUGAGUUUAGGUUUGUGAUUGUCUGUACCAGUUGAGUAUGAGUUUGUAAUAGUUAAAUAUAGCUUGUAAUAGUUGAGCAUGGUCUAUAUUGAUUGGGUAUGAGUUUUAACAGUUUGUAAUAGUUGAGCAUGGUCUAUAUUGAUUGGGUAUGAGUUUUAACAGCUUGUAAUAGUUGAGUAUGGUUUGUAAUGGCCAAUUAUGGGUUUGUAAGGUUUGGUACCAAUUAAGUACAAAUUUGUAACGGCUGACAGUUGAGUAAGGUUAUAAUGCUAAAUUUAGGUUUGUGAUUGUACCAGUUGAGUAUCAGUUUGAAAUAGCUGAGUAUGGGUUUGCAACAGUUAAAUAUGGCUGAGUUUGUAAUAAUUGAUCAUGAUCUGUAAUGAUUCGGUAUGGAUUUAUAACAGUUUGUAGUUGAGUAUGGAUUUUUAAAAUUUGAAUUUGGUAUGUAAUGGUUGAUUA